AUGGAGACCUCACCUCCUAAACGUCGGAAAAUUUCGCAGUCCGCUGAUGCAACAAUGCUCGGCUCGGCCACUCUCGAAGCAGCCGCUAGUGCGGCUGGGAUGUACCGACCCAGUACUUUUAUCCUGGAGACCGAGGAGCUACUCAAAGAAGUAAAGGUAGACUCUUCAAAGUCGCUCACAGGCGUUGAAGAGCUGCUUCAUCAAGUGAAGAGCGCCGUUGAAACUGUUAAAGGCCACGAACCGGUUCCCAUCCACGAUGCCAUCCGCAAGUUUGAAAAGAAGCAUGAUAUUGCCAUUCCUUUCCCUGAGCCACGCCCAAGUCAAGAUUCGCCCUACAAGCUCUCAUUGGAGACACCUUCUACAUUCAAUGUUGUGGGGAGCUAUGUACUUAAAACCAUGGUCAAGUCUCAAGGUGAUCUAGCGGUCGACAUGGUCGUUGAGAUGCCCAAGUCUAUGUUUCAGGAGAAGGACUUCUUGAACCUGCGGUAUUUCUACAAAAGAUCAUACUUCAUGGCACACGUUGCUGCGGUAGUGCGCAAGGCACUGCCUGAUCUCGAGGUUUCUUUUGAGAAUAUGCACGAAAACCCCCUCGCGCCCAUCCUCUGUGUACAGAAGGCGCCCGUCAACCAGGGAUCUAAGAAGCGAGAAUCAAACGGUUCUACAAGCCGCUUGAACGGAGGGCCCAAGAUCAGGGUGAUCCCAUGCACCCCUGCAGACCUGUUCCCGAAGAACAAGCUCACAUCCACGAGCAAUUGCAUUCGUUCUUCAGCUGCCGACGACAAAAAGGAGGCACAGCCACCAACACCAUUUUACAACUCUACCGUCAAAUCUGACAGUCUAUACUUUGCGUACUUCAAGACGCUCCUACAGACCAAGAAGUCAUCACCGGCAUUCCUAGAUGCUUGUACUCUUGGACGCGUAUGGCUUCACCAGAGGGGCUUCAGUGGAUCGAUCUCACGUGGCGGUUUCGGACACUUUGAGUGGGCACUACUGUUGACUCUGCUCAUGCAGGGUGGCGGUGGGCGCAAAGGCGAAGCAGCUCUGUCUUCGUCACUCAGCAGCCACCAAUUAUUCAAGGCGACGAUGCAGUUUCUGGCAAAGUCGGACUUCACCAGCGGCAGCCACAGGCCUGUGAUACUCGGAAAGUCUGGUGAUGACACCACACCCGAUGUCGCACGUGAGCCUGGCCCAGUGCUUUAUGAUGCGACCAGACAACACAACUUUGCGUAUAAGAUGAGCCCUUGGUCGGCAUCACUCCUCAGGAAACACGCGAAGUGGACACUUGAUCUUUUGAACGACAGCACUGUAGAUCAGUUUUCCCCGACAUUCAUCAUGAAAGCGGACAUACCGCUACAAGUUUUCGACUUGGUUGUCAGGGUACCAUGUCCUGAUGCUGAGAAUUCCGCAAGUUCUGGAAGUCGAGGACAGACGUAUGAAUUUGCAAAUCGCGUGUACAAGAUUAUCAACAAAGCUCUGAGCGAGCGUAGUCAACUUGUGCAUGUUCAAAUCCCAGAGCAGAACCACUGGUCUAUCUCUGAGCCAGCGGCUCGACAGGAAACUGAUGAGCUUCUAGUCGGGGUCAUAUUCAACCCCGGUGAAAUGGCCCGCACCGUGGAUCAUGGACCAUCUGCCGAGGACAAAGUGGAGGCCAGAAAGUUCCGGCAGUUCUGGGGUGAAAGAUCGGAGUUGCGUCGUUUCAAGGAUGGCACUAUUCAAGAAACACUUAUCUGGAAACAGACCACUGCUUUUGGUGUCUGUGAAGAGAUUAUUUCUUAUAUUCUCAACCUACAUCUCAAGAUACGUCACGAUGAACUCGAGUUCCGUGGCAAUGGCUUUACGUCCCUCAUUCAUGCGAAGCCUACGGACUCAACGGCCUACUCUACCGCCGUGCAAGCUUUUGCUGAUCUUGAAAGAGAGAUACGGGGCCUAGAAAACUUGCCACUUCAAGUGAGACAAGUGGCUCCAGCCGCGGCAGAACUUCGCUCAACCUCAGUGAAACCACCUCAAUUAGACUCUCCCCGGGGGUCAUAUAGGCCGAUGGACAUUGUUAUAUAUUUCGAGGCUUCUGGAAAAUGGCCUGACAACAUUGCUGCAAUUCAGAGGACAAAGGUUGCAUUUUUGCUCAAGAUUGGCAGUAUGCUGGAGUCGGCAAACUCAAGUAUUACUACCCAUGUGGGACUUGAAGACGCUGAGCAUGAACACCAAAACCUUGCAUUUUUGGAUAUUGUCUACGACGAAGGUGCAGUGUUUCGACUCCGAGUUCAGAGCGAUCUUGAGGAGAGUCUGCUUGAGAGGCAAACCAGAGAUAAGACACUUGAUCAACAUGUGCGCGCCGAAAGCUCAAAUCACCUUGCUACUUUCCGCCGCCAAUACACCCACCUACCGAUGCUGAACAGGACAGUUUCUACCCUCUGCACGCGCUUCCCCGCCCUCUCUUCAACCAUUCGUUUGGCGAAGCAUUGGUUCAACUCGCACAAACUGAGCAAUCAUAUAUUACCAGAAGCGAUUGAGCUGAUGGUUCUUCACGCGUUCCUCAACCCUGCGCCUUGGCAGACACCUACAAGUGCCACCACUGGGCUACUUCGGACACUCCUGCUGCUUUCCAAAUGGGAUUGGCACAACGAUCCUCUGGUCGUAGACCCCUCUUCAGACAUGAGCAGCGAUGAGCGGAAAGCCGUUGCUACAAGGCUCACAGCAUGGAGGCAGACGUUAGAUCCUGCCAUGAACCGCACUGUUCUGGUUAUUGCCACACCUUCUGAUGUCACCGGCACUGCCUUUACCACCGUGAACGGUCAACCAUUCCCAAGUCGUGUAGCUGCUUCGCGAAUGACGGCCCUCGCACGCUCAGCAUGUCGGCUUGUUCGCGAAAAGGGGGUGGACUUGGAGCCUCGCAUGCUGUUUGUGCCCUCCACUGCCGAAUACGACGUUUUGGUGCGGCUGGAUGGGUCUUUGGUCAAGAAGGUUGCAUCACUCAAAGAUGGCAGUGCGUCAAAGUCGAAAUUCAAAAAUCUCGACCCAUCCAUGGCGCAAGGUCGCGUACCAUUGGCGAGGGAUCCUGUUGACACUCUGCUGGGAAGAUUAUCUGAUGCGUACGGCUCGACUCUUGUGUUCUUUCACGGCGGCCCUCAGGAUCCUGUCAUCGGCGGCUUGUGGAACCCGAUGCUGGCGAGACGGUCUUUCCGUGUCAACUUGCCGUGCUCGUUUAAGCCAGUUGAACAGUCAAAAUCGAAAAUGCCGUCAGGUGGAGACAAAUCAGAGGAUGGCGACGACAUUGAGAGUAGUGACGAUGAGGGUGAUGAUUUAGUGGAGGUUAAUCGGGACGCUAUCUUGUCCGAAAUAGCGCGGAUAGGAGGCGACUUGAUUGAGAGCAUCGAGGUUAAGAAAAGGAGCUAGCCGCUGCCAACUUGAACAACUUGAAAAUUAUAAUUCAACAGAUCUAGCGGCCGCGAUUAAUCCUCAAUAUUGGCUGACGGGAUUUAUUUUUGGUUCUAAGACUGGCUCAUGGUUGAUUAUGG